AUGCAGUUAUGUGGUUGUCGUGUUAUGACCGUUGUGGGCAGUACCACAGCCUGCUUCAUCACCAACUGUCCACCAGGAGGAAAGAGGUCGGGUCCCACAGCACAGCUUGGCCGCACCCGCACAUGCACGGCUUGCGGGCCUGGACUGCAGGGAAGGUGCCUGGGGCCAGAGAUAUGCUGCGUUUUAGGAAUUGGUUGCUUCCUGGGAACGAGGGAAGCCAGGAUGUGCCACGCUGAGAACCUAGUGCCUGUUACCUGCGCCAACCGGGAUCUCAAGUCCUGUGGCAGGAUGCAGGAGGGCCGCUGUGCCGCCGCCGGACUCUGCUGCACCGAAAUGAAGUGUGAAUUCGACAGCAGCUGCACGGUGGAGGGUCGGGAGGAGAGAGUUGGGAAGCAGCGGGCGGAGAGACAACACCUUACCUUCCUGUCCAGUUUGCCCGAAGACCAGUGGAACCUGUGAGCAUGUCCUCCCUCUCCCUGGCUGCUACAUCGUCCUCGGCCUGGUGAUGGCAGCACCAACACAUACCUCACAUGAGUGAUAUGUUGUAUGUGGUGACCUCCUCCGAUUCAUAUUACCAAAUUUAUAAUUGAAAGUUAACUUUGUUCCACUAAUGGAAUUAUGAACAUCUACUGCAUGUACGUAACCCGAUCUUUAGUACUUAUGUAAACUAACAAUCUACGACAUCAAACACUUAGACAUGGUGGCUGUGUCAAAGAGUUGGAUCUCUGUUUAAAAAGGAAAAGGUUAACCUUGUCAUAAAUGCUCCCUCCCCUUGAGGGUGUCAUUUUAUCACUGAAUAAAGUGUACCCUAUUUA